UCGGUAAUAGUAUUUAUGUUGAACGAUACACAAGUGUUAACUUCUGCAUUAAAAAUUAUUAAGCUAACUAUGUUGUCUACGUCGUUUAGAGCAGAUACUUUAUUUGUGUUCACGACGAAUGCCAUGUUCAACGUCAACCAAAGUAAAAAAUGUGUUAUAUUGGACUGUGAUGGUGGGAGCGACGAUGCUUGGGCUCUGCUGCUGCUUCUCCGCGCAGAACAGUGCGGAAUCCUUCAGUUGCUGGCAGUAACCAUCACCGGUUGUGGUAAUACAACAUGUGAAAACGCGGCACGCAAUAUGAGACGAAUUCUCAUAGCUUGCUCCAGGAAAGAUGUACCAAUUUAUCUGGGAGCUGUUGAACCUCUAGCAGGCUACGUCGAAGCUAGCAGGAAGUAUUUUCAUGGGCGCGAUGGUUUCGGCGAUUGCUUGAAUGAAGAAAACUGGGCGCAUGUGUCUAGUUAUGUGCAGCCACAGCAUGCUGUUUUGGCCAUACACACGUUAUGCCAGGAUCGACCUCAACAAAUCACCAUUAUUGCGGUGGGACCGUUAACUAAUUUAGCGCUGGGCUUCACUAUGUAUGGUGAAAAAUUUGGGCAGUCCAUCAAAGAUGUUUACAUCAUGGGCGGCAACUAUCAGGGAGUAGGAAAUUCAUCACGCUCUGCCGAGUUUAAUUUUCACUCAGAUCCGGAGGCAGCACAUGCCGUGCUGUUAAAAACGCGGUGCCCAAUCACCAUACUCCCAUGGGAAACAUGUACCAAGGAGCGUUUCAACAUAUCUAUUAGCUGGCGACUAGAUAACUUUGGUAAAUGCGCUUCAACAAACAAACACUAUGCAAUCGACAUUCUUACACAAGUUGAAAAUGCACAAUGGUUGCCCCUACAGAAGUAUGGAUACACUAAUUGGAAUCCAUGCGAUGCCUUGUUAGUAGCUGCAUGGCUCUUUGAAAAACAGUUUAUCAAAAAAUCUAGCACUUGGCACGCCACCGUCGAUCUUACAGGUACACAUACUCGUGGCCAAAUGGUGCUCGAUCAUUUAAAAGAGUGUGAAAAGUAUCCUGAGAAUGUUCGCAUCAUUGAAUUGGUCGAUGACAAGUUCUUUAAGCAUAUUGUGGAGUGGGUUGCAGGCUUGCGCAACGUAUUCGACUGAAAAAAAAGGUUAUUUUCCGUAAAUAAAGAAUGCCAAUGAAAACCA